AGAGAAAAAGGAGGGAAUGGAAGAAACUAAUAGCUGUGCAAGUUACCUUGUAAGCCUCCCCCAUCACCAUUCUUGGUGCUUUUCUGAUCUAUAACUCCAUUUAAACUGCGAAAUCACGCCAUCCUUCCAUUACUGGAAGAUAGCAAUAAAAUUAUUGCCUUCUCAUGCCUUCUCUCCCUCUCCUUUAUAGGCAGGGGAGGGACCUCCGAAGGCCAAACGCAUCCACCAUCGCAGCCUCUCGAAGAAGCAUGUCGGGCCACCGCAGCAUGGAGGAAGAGAAGGGGAGGGAGGAGAGAAAAGUUGCACCGCUACUAGAAGUAAAAGAAGGUGGAGAGCCAAAAGAGGUCAUUUUGGUGGAUUUGGAACUGGCCGAGAAGGAUGGAGGGGACGGAUCGACGUCGGAGCCGCCCGUGCUCGAGCUCAACCUCAUCGGAUCAUUCGGCUCGGUGGAGGCUGACCAGCCGGCGGUGACCGUGGAGUCGUCGCCCGAGUCGGAGCCGCGCGUGUUUUCGUGCAACUACUGCCAGAGGAAGUUCUACAGCUCGCAAGCGCUCGGUGGCCACCAGAACGCGCACAAGCGGGAGCGCACCCUCGCCAAGCGCGGCGCCGCCCACCGCCACGGGGGGUUCGUCGGAGACCACGCAGCCGGCGUCGGAGGAGCCCCCUACCACUUCCCGCCUUCCAUGGCGUCGCUGCCCCUCCAUGGGUCGUACCCCGGGAGGCCCCUCGGCAUCCAGAUGCACUCCAUGGUCCACAAGCCGUACAUCGGGACGACGACGGCAUCGAUGGCGGCGGCUGGAUUGCUUUACGGGCGGCACGGGGGUUGGUCGAGGCCUCCACCGUUUGUCAACCGCCAGCCGGCGAUCGGAAGGCUGCUCGCCGAGGAAUUAUAUGGUGCAACGAGAGCCCCGGUGGCGAGGUUCGAUGAGUCGGCAGGAGCGGCAGUCGGAGGUUUCCGGUGGAAUAAUGGUGGCGGCGGCAGCGGCGGCGGGGGUGAUGCCGGUGGCGCCGUCGGCGGUGAUGCCGGUGGCGCCGGCGGCAGUCAUUUGCAUGUUAGACAAGAGGAGUUACCCAAGCUUGACUUGUCUCUCAAGCUCUAGAAUGGUUUCUCUUUGGUUUUGGUCCACUUCCUGUUACUAAGAUCGGACAUAGGACUUGGAGAGUUUAGCUUCUCUUUCCACUGGUUUUUAGUUCUUUCUAAUUGACUUCCGAUUUGUGAGUAGUUCCUGAUUCCUUACUGUUGAACUGAAUAUCUCUUUUUCUUCUUUUGAGUUGAUGUUGAAUAAUUAGUAAAGAUCAUUCUGA